AACGUUGCUCAACCAUCACGGAAUGUAUCGUCUACGAUGCCCAACAUUGCGGGUCACAACACCAAAUCAACGUCUCCCACCUGUGGAGUGCGGGAUUAGGGAACUUGACGUGGCACACGGUCGCCGCUACCUUCAUCUAUAGAGUCACAAACCUGUUAUUUGAUAACCCAUUCUCGACACACAAAGACAUCCAUCAUCAAGUCCAUUAGAGCUGAAAAAGUAGAUAAACAGGCACAGCCUUGGCAGGAAAAUUCUGAUGAUUAAUUGAUUAAUUACAGAAGAAAUUAAUGGAUGAAAACCUAGUUUUAUAACCCUAUCUACUGUUUAUACGCAAGGUUUCUCAGAAACGGUUGCUUUUUUGUGGGGUUUGGAUGUGAAAUCGGAUCAACUCUAUUGGUUGAUUUUGAUUUUUCAUUGAAUUUUUUUUUUCUGCGGCCCCCUUUUCUUUUUCCCUUUUUGUAGUGGGCUAGAAAUUAUCGGUUGAUUCUGCAUGAGAAAAGUGGUGGCUGAGGGAUUGGAGACAGAGUAGAGAGAAGUAAAUUUUCUUUGUUGUGGGCGAAACAUGUCUGCCGUAGUGUGCGGAAAGAGAUCGAAUAUCUUCGAGGAAUCGCCGUCGUCGCCACCAGUCUCCAAGAGAAUCCGCUGUUCUUCUUCUUCUUCUCCAGGCAGAACUUUUUCUCCGCCUAGGGUUGCCUCCGCUUCCAGUUUCUGGUUCUCACCAGUGGAUCAUCUUGUCGCUCUCUUUCCUGAUAUGGACAGACAGUUUCUGGAGAAAGCCCUUGAAGAAUCAGGUGAUGAUUUGGAUUCUGCAAUUAAAAAAUUAAACCAGCUUCGGUUGAGUGCUGGAGCAAGUACAUCUGAUGCUACUCAGGAAAUUGAAGGUCAAUUUUCCGCUGAAGGCGCAUUGAUAAAUAAUGGGGGCACUGCUACGAGAGAGGAACAGCCUGCUGGAAGCAAAUUUCCUGCAGAUGGUGCAGAGUGGGUGGAGCUGUUGGUUAGAGAAGUGUUAAGUGCAUCAAAUGUAGAAGAUGCUAAGGCACGUGUGUCGCAAGCACUUGAGGCACUGGAGAAGUCCAUUUGUGUGAAUGCAACCGCAGAGGCUUCCCAGAGCUUUCAAAAGGAGAACACUAUGCUAAAGCAGCAACUUGAAGUGCUCAUACAGGAGAACAAUAUCUUGAAGCGAGCAGUUUCUAUCCAGCAUGAGCGACAGAAAGAGUUUGAGGAAAUGGGUCAGGAGUUGCAUCAGCUGAAGCAGCUAGUUUCGCAAUACCAAGAGCAGCUGAGAACUCUUGAGAUCAACAACUAUGCCCUUGCGAUGCACCUCAAGCAGGCUCAACAAAGCAACUCGAUAUCUGGACGUUUCCACCCGGACGUGUUUUAGUUAUAACCCCUACAUGUAUUAAAUAUCAGGUGCACACUGGGUGGCCUAGCAGGUGUAGACUGCAAUCACUCUAAUAACUACAUGACUUUUAAUAAGGUACCCAGACUGAGAUGGAUCGUCUUAUCUGUUGAGGGGAAGCCUUUUGCUGUUGCUUCUUUUUAGUGGAAGUCGUUUGAAAGUUUUACUUACUUUUGGCAUGCUAGUUGAAUCAGAUUUGUUGCUCACUCUCA